GCCCAGCGCGUGCGCACUGGCCUGUCCGCGGCCGGUGGACCAUGGAGGCUCCAAGGCCUUUCGCCCGGGAGUGGAGCGCCCAAUCCCUACCCCUGGUAGUAGGGGGCGUUUUGAAGCUGCGGCUCUGUAAGCUGUGGCUACUGCUACUGGGUUCUAGUUUGAACGCGAGAUUUUUGCCACACGAAGAGGACGUAGACUUUAUCAACGAGUACGUGAACCUCCACAAUGAGCUGCGGGGCGACGUCAUUCCCCGAGGGUCUAACUUGCGCUUCAUGACUUGGGAUGUAGCUUUAUCACGGACUGCUAGAGCAUGGGGAAAAAAAUGUUUGUUUGAGCAUAAUAUUUAUUUACAAGAUGUACAUAUGGUCCAUCCUAAAUUUUAUGGUAUUGGUGAAAAUAUGUGGGUCGGCCCUGAAAAUGAAUUUACUGCAAGUAUUGCUAUUAGAAGUUGGCAUGCAGAGAAGAAAAUGUACAAUUUUGAAAAUGGCAGUUGCUCUGGAGACUGUUCUAAUUAUAUUCAGCUUGUUUGGGACCACUCUUACAAAGUUGGUUGUGCUGUUACUCCAUGUUCAAAAAUUGGACAUAUUAUACAUGCAGCAAUUUUCAUAUGCAACUAUGCUCCAGGAGGAAUGCUGACGAGAAGACCUUAUGAACCAGGAAUAUUUUGUACUCGAUGUGGCAGACGUGACAAAUGCACAGAUUUUCUAUGCAGUAAUGCAGAUCGUGACCAAGCCACAUAUUACCGAUUUUGGUAUCCAAAAUGGGAAAUGCCUCGGCCAAUUGUGUGUGAUCCACUGUGCACAUUCAUUUUAUUAUUGAGAAUGUUAUGUUUUAUGCUGUGUGUCAUAACUGUUUUCAUUGUACAGUCUCGGUUUCCAAAUAUCUUGUUGGAACAACAAAUGAUAUUUACCCCUGAGGAAUCUGAAGCAGAGAAUGAAGAGGAGGAAAAAGAGGAAGAGGAGAAAGAGAAAGAGGAAAUGGAAAUGGAAAUAAUGGAAAUAGAGGAGGAAAAAGAAGAGAGAGAGGAGGAGGAGGAGGAAAAUGAAGAGAGAGAGGAGGAGGAGGAAACACAAAAAGAAAAGAUGGAGGAAGAGGAAAAAUAA